AUGCCUUCAAUCAACAUCUUCUUCCUCAUCUUCACCCUCUUCUUCCUCCGACGCCCGACGUCCUCGUCGGCCUUCACCCUGAAGCUCGUCCACCGCGACUUCCCGGAAUCCCCUCUAUACCAACCGAACCUCACAACCGCGCAACGCUUCCUCAAACACGCCGAGAUCUCCCUCGCCCGCGCCUCCCUUUUCGAGAACCACGUCCACGCCGAGAUCCGCCUCCCGGCAAAGCUCGACCCCAUCUUCACCGCGGACCUAUACAUCGGCACCCCCGCUGUUAAAAGCACCCUCGUCUUCGACACCGGAAGCGGCGUCACGUGGAUGCAAUGCAAGCCCUGCACCCGCUGCUUCAGGCAGAACAACCCUGUUUUCGAGCCGAAGAAGUCAAGCACCUAUAAGCCAAUCAGUAAAAGCCACCCUCUUUCCAAAAGCUUCGACUGUUCUUUCUUCGGCAGCGGCUGCAGCUACUCCAUCAACUACUACAGCGGCCAGUUCUCAAAAGGCCCGGUCGCCACUGAAACAUUCACGUUUGACUCAAGUCUGAAACGUCCCGCAUCCGUCGCGAACCUCGUCUUCGGCUGCGGGACAUCUAACGGCGGGCCAUACCCGCUGCGGGUCAACGGGAUACUCGGGAUGGACAAGAAACCGACGUCGUUACCCCGACAGCUCGGCGCGUCGAUCAAGUACCGAUUCUCCUACUGCCUCUCCCCGACCGCGGUCUCGUACGUCCGGUUCGGAGACGAGGCCGUGAUCCGGACGACGAAUUGGGGGAGGAUGCCGAUCAUCGAGACGGCAAAUAAACGGAGUGCCAGUAACUACGCCCUCCCGUUGAUCGAUAUGAGCAUCAACGGGAGGAGGCUCGGGGCGAGAUUCCCCGAGGGAAUCUACAUAGAUUCCGGAUCCUCGAUGAGCUUGCUGGAGACGAGUGUGUUUAUCGUUGUGAAAAACUCUCUGAUUAGUUAUUUUGCGAGGUUUCGGGAUGUGAAGAGGUAUACAGGGCCGAUGCUUUCGGACUUGUAUGUAUGUUUUCAAUAUGCGGGAGCGCAGCCGAGUUUACCGGCGAUGGGGUUUCAUUUUAACGGGGCGGAUAUGGUUGUGCCACCGCAGAAUUUGUUCUUCUUCGCGCAUGGGAAUGUGUUCUGUUUGAAGGCGUUGGAGUCGAAGACUAUAUCGAUUUUGGGGGCUUUUCAACAGAGGAAUUUCAGGUUUGUAUUUGAUUUGCAGCAGAAGAUGCUGUCAUUUGCUCCUGAGGACUGUUCUAAAGACUUCCAAUAG